AUGGAUGUUAUAAACAGAAGUCUGGUCUCUGCGCUGGACAGUCUACCAAAGAACAUCAACCCUACAUCUGAGGGCGUUUCGUUGGUAUCUUUGAAAACCCAGUUACUCCUUUCCUAUGUUCAAAAGCUUGCAUUCUUAAUUUUAGUAAAACUAGAAGGGAAAAGUUACUUGGAAUUCCAGAAUGUCGUAGAGAAGCUCGUUCGUUUGCGACUGGAAAUUGAAAAGGUCCGACCUUUGGAAAAUCGCAUCCAGUAUUCGCUAGAUAAACUCUUGCGUGCUGCUGAACGUAAGGAAGAAUUGGAAUCUUUAAGCACUUCUGGAUUGGAUGGUGGCAUCAAUCAAGAAGACACCGAUAGCCUUAAGCUUCAUUAUAAGCCAAAUCUUGUUGGACUUGAGAGUGACGAAGAAGAGGCACCUGCCGCUAAAGGAACAGACAAGAAGAGUAAUAAAAAAGAUGCUGCCUCAGAAGAAGUUACAUCUGAGGACGACGAGGAUGAGUCCAAGAAGGAUGGUGUUUAUCGACCCCCAAGGAUUCGUGCCGUUACAAUGGACGAUGAGAAAAAGACUAGACGUAGACCUAAUCAACUUGUUGAUGAAUUUGUUUCAUCUGAUUUGUCAUCUUUACCUCAGAGUAUGCCAAGUGUUGGCUCUAACUUGGAACGAGGUGGUCGAGUUAUUCAUGCAGAUGAAAGAGAAUUGGAGAAGAUGCGCGAGCGUGCGGAUUAUGAAGAAAGCAAUUACACUCGUCUUCCAAAAUUGUCCAAGAAAGAACUCAAAAAUGUCAAGAAACCAAAGAAACCCGGUUUUGGUGGUGAAGAUUGGUCUUUAUUGGAUCGCAGCUUUAACAGUGAUGCUUUUGCCUCUCGUAAAUUGGACCUUUCUUCUCGUGCAAACAAGCGUGGCGCAUCAGACGCCUCUGAAGGCGCAUCGGGAUCCGGUCAAAGUCGGAUGGGUGACGCUUAUCGUAAGCGUAGAAAGUCCUUGAAACGCAGAUAA